CUUAUUUCUAACUAUUUUUUCUUCAAAUGGUCAUUGUUGCUACUUGCGACUCGUGCAGGUGACACUCCGACAUCGUGGGAGGCGCGUGAUGGCAUGGAUCGGGCAACUCUUCCACUCCUUUUCAUUUCUAUGCCAGUAGUGUAACAAAGAGGAACCUGUAAAAGCAGGAAACAAACACAACAAACUUUGGUUCUUUUCUUUCUUUUUCCUUUUUUUAUAUCUUCUUAUCUCUAACUAUUUUUUCUUCAAAUGGUCAUUGUUGCUACUAACACAGGUGGAGCAUCGUGUGUGAGGAGGGCCAGUUCGAUGGUUGUUGAUGGAUCAUCGGUUCAUGGCUAAAAAGAGAGAAAAAGUUGUUGAUGGUCGUAAUUACAGUGCUGAUGUUGUUGGAGCUGGAGUUGUUAAAUCUAUUGCUGGUAGAGGUUGUCGUGAUGUCGAGGAGCUGGUGCCUACUGGUGGAGGAAUAUGGUCGACAAUGAGGGUCAGUUUAUAGUGGUUUUGGAUGGAUAGAUGAGAGGAGAACACCGUAAUGUGGAGGUUUGCAUGGCAGGGGCUACUAACAAGAGUUGUGAGCUAUGGUGAAGAGGAUAAAGGUUGGCAUUGUGGUGAAGGGGUGUGAACUUCUGGGUUUGGUCUCUUCACAGUAAAAAAUGAGGGGUCGUAAAGAAAAACAAUCUUCAACAUCGAGUUUUGCUUUCAAGAUGGAAACUUUGUGUAGGAGUCGAUCGUGAGAGAAGUUGCUAGUAGUAGCGUGGAGGUUGGUACCUAUGUUGAUGGUGGCGUGGAGGCUGAGAGAUGAGGGAAACAGAUCACAGAUCCCCAACAAAUUGGCAUGAGAAGAACACUCCAGGCCAGAAAGAGAGAAUUGGUGUAAAACCAUAACAAAAAAAAAUGGAGAAGCGCUGUAAAGCUCACUGCUUAGUCGUAUCCUUUCCAGCCCAAGGCCACAUAAACCCCAUGCUUCAAUUCUCCAAACGCUUAGAACACAAAGGAGUUAAAGUAACUCCAGUUACUACUCGUUUUAUCUCCAACGCCAUCAUGUCUGGAUCAUCCUCCAGUUCCAUUUCACUCCAAACUAUAUCUGAUGGAUAUGAUGAAGGAGGUAUAGGCCACGCAGAAAGCAUCAAGUCAUACCUUGAUCGCUUUUGGAAGGUGGGAUUGCAAACUCUUGACAAUCUUGUCGAGAAGCUUAGUGGUUCAGACUGCCCUGUUGAUUGCAUCAUUUAUGACGCCUUUAUGCCUUGGGGUCUUGAUGUAGCCAAGAAAUUUGGGUUGGUUGGUGCUGCUUUCUUCACCCAGUCUUGUGCUGUUGAUAGCAUAUACUAUCACGUCUAUCGAGGGUUGAUCAAACUUCCUGUCACGGAGACUCAAAUUUUGGUUCCUGGAUUGCCUCCUCUAGAGCCUCAAGAUUUGCCCUCUUUCAUUUAUCAUUUGGGGACGUACCCAGAUUUCUUUGACAUGCUUUUGGAUCAGUUCUCCAAUAUUGAUAGAGCGGAUUGGGUCUUUUGCAACUCAUUUUAUAUGUUGGAAAGAGAGGUGGCAGAUUGGUUUGCCAAGCUUUGGCCAUUUAGAAGUAUUGGACCAACUAUACCGUCUAUGUAUUUAGAUAAACAACUUGAGAACGACAGAGACUAUGGUUUCAGCUUCUUCAUGCAGAACAAUGAUGUUUGCAUGAAUUGGCUUAAUGAUAGGGCAAAAGGCUCGGUUGUACAUGUGUCAUUUGGGAGCCUGGUAGAUCUCAAAGCAGAGCAAAUGGAAGAGCUAGCUUGGGGAUUGAAGAGGAGUGAUUGUUAUUUCUUGUGGGUGGUAAGAGCAUCUGAAGAAUCUAAAAUGUCGAAAGAUUUCGCAGAAGAAAGCUCUGCGAAAGGUUUGGUGGUCAGAUGGUGUUCACAGUUGGAGGUUUUAGCUCACGAGGCAGUGGGAUGCUUUGUUACACACUGUGGCUGGAACUCUAGCCUGGAGGCUUUGAGUUUAGGAGUCCCAAUGGUGGCAAUGCCACAACGAACAGAUCAAAGCACCAACGCAAAGUACAUUACAGAUGUUUGGAACAUGGGAGUUAAAGCUGCGGUGGAUGAGAAAGAGAUUGCUAGGCGGGAAACAAUAGAGAGUUGCAUAAGAGAGAUAUUGGAGGGGGAGAAAGGGAAGGAGAUCAAAAGAAAUGCUAGUAAAUGGAAGGAACUGGCCAAAGAAGCAGUGGAAGAAGGUGGUAGUUCAGAUAAAAACAUUGAUGAAUUUGUGGCUAAUUUGGUUCUCUCCCGAAGCUCUUGCUGAUGCUUCUUCUCCAUGUAUCAUUUUCUUUUUCUAGUUUCUUGCUUGUUCGCAUUAAUUAUAUUCGAGAUUCUUCCUCGAUGUUCAGCUUAAUAAACCAAUGAAUCUGUAGCUUCCUUUCCGAAAA